AUGACUGAGUUUGAGAAUUGCAACAACAGUGCACCCAAUAUGUAUCUGCCUGGCUGCGCCUACUAUGUGUCUCCAUCGGAUUUCUCUACCAAGUCCUCGUUUUUGUCACAGUCCUCCUCCUGCCCUAUGACUUUCAGCUAUUCCUCCAAUUUAACUCAUGUGCAACCUGUGAGGGAAGUGGCAUUCAGGGAGUAUGGGUUGGAGCGCAGUAAGUGGCAGUACCGGGGCAGUUACCCCUCGUACUACCCCAGUGAGGAUGUGAUGCACAGAGAGCUCAUCCAGCCUUCGAACCGGAGAUCGGAUAUGUUAUUCAAAUCGGACUCGGUCUGCAACCACCAUGGACCCUCCAGUGCUCCAUCUAACUUCUACGGCACAGUGGGGAGGAAUGGGAUUCUUCCACAGGGCUUUGACCAGUUUUAUGACACAAACCAAACAUCAACAUACCAGAUGGAAAUGGAUGAACAGCCUGCAAAGUCUGAGCUUAAACCUUCCAACCCUAAUAGCAAAAUGACCUCUACACAAGACAAGAAAGUGACAAGCGACGAUAGCCCCGAUUCCCCUUCUGGGGAGGCUGCAGCAGAGAAGAGCAACAGUUCAGUUUCCCAGCGGCUUAGGAAGAAGAGGUGCCCAUACAGCAAGUACCAAAUCCGUGAGUUGGAGCGGGAGUUUUUCUUCAAUGUGUACAUCAACAAGGAGAAGAGGUUACAGCUGUCCAGGAUGCUGAACCUCACUGACCGCCAAGUGAAAAUCUGGUUCCAGAACCGAAGGAUGAAAGAAAAGAAACUUAACAGGGAUCGACUUCAAUAUUUCACUGGAAAUCCACUUUUUUGA